GCUCCGUGAGCGGGGCGGACGCUGGGGUCCCCCCGGCGCUACACGCUGCUCGACACGCUGCGUCCGGACCCGAGGACCCCGACCCCCACCGCCGCCUGCAUCUCCUCUCCCAGGAGGUUCAGAAGCUGAAGCGGCAGCUGGACGAGAAAGACCGAGAGAUGCAGAAGAUCGUCGCGCGGCCCCAGCAUGAGCGCGACCGGGAGAUCCUGCUGCUGCAGAGGAGCCUGGCGGAGAAGGAGAAAGUCCAAGCCACCAGCGAGGUCCUGUGCCGCUCGCUGACCGACGAGACCCAUCAGCUGCGGAGGACGUUGGCCGCCACCGCCGAGAUGUGCCAGCAUCUGGCCAAGUGCCUGGAGGAGAAACAGGCGGCGCGGGGGAAAUCCGAAGAAAGGAUUCCUCUGGAGAGGCUGGACAAGCUGCAGUUUCCUGCCAGCGAAAUGCCCCUACAGGAAGCCGUCAUUUGCAAGCUGCAGGAAGAAAAUACGUUAUUAAAACAGAAAGUGAUUUAUGUGGAGGAUUUAAACGCCAAAUGGCAGAAAUACGACGCCAGCAGGGACGAAUACGUCAAGGGGCUGCACCUGCAGCUGAAGGCGGCCCAGGAGCAGGCCGCCCAAGGGGCCGGCGCCCUGCGGAUGCGCAAGGAAAUCUUCCGCCUCAACAAACUGCUGGAGGACAAACUGAACGACUGCGGCCAAGUCAGGAGAGAACUGGAAGAGCUGAAGAAGGCCCGGGACGGAGACAAGGAACGCGUGCAGAUCCUGGAGGAACAGGUUCUGGUGUACAGGGAUGACUUUACGUCGGAAAGGGCAGACAGGGAGCGGGCCCAGGGUCAAAUCCAAGAACUUCAGGAACAGGUGGCUUCUCUGCAGCAGCAGCUGGCCAGCAGACAGGAAGCAAGGGAAGGCCGCGGUCCCUGGCGGAUCCCCGUCGGCCACAAGAGCCACGCGGCCGUCGGGUCCGGCGCGGCGGAGCCCCUGCCGCUGGAGGGGGGCUCGCGGAGGGCCCCGGCCCGGUCCCAACAGUCGGCCGUGCAAGUGGACGCCCCCGGCCCGGCCCGCGGAGACCAGGGGGACCUCCAGUGUCCCCACUGUAUGAGGCUCUUCGACGACGAGCAGGGCGAAGAGCUGCUGCGGCACGUGGCGGAGUGCUGUCAGUGACGCCUCGGCGAGGGGCUCAACGGUCCCCGGCCGCGAGCCGAGGCCUCUCCCGCAUCCCGGAAUCCGCCUGGAAACGCCGGGGUGGGAGCAGGAUAGAUGCACUUUUUCUUGGAAGCUAAAGGUGGGGGGUGUGAGGAGUCAUUAGUAGUGACCCCUUGAGUUGUGGAAGUCCUUUCAGAGGGUAAGCUCCUGGCGGGCAGGGACUGGGCCCCUUCUUUAUUUCGGUACCAUUCAAGUGCUCGCUGUGGCGCACCAAUCGUAUUUAUUGAGCACUUACUGUGUGCGGAGCACUGGACUAAGCG